AGCACGCAUUUCUUGUUUAUAAGCUCUGAUAUUGUGUUAACUCCUGUCACUUGUGGUAGAUUUUAGACGGAUUGUACGACGAUAAUGCCGUUUUUGGGUAGGGACUGGAGGUCCCCAGGUGACAGCUGGGUUCGGACUGGAGCUGGAUGGGAACAAGGCAAAUGUUGGAGGCAAAAAUUUCUGGAGAAUCUGAAUGAAAACAUCAUUGCCAGUGGUUCCAAUAGUGAUGUGAAUGUGCCCGAGACUGACCCCGCACCUCCUAUCAAUGCUACAACAUCUAAACAUAGGAUGAUCCGUUUUCCAGAAUUGACAGCGCAAUGCAGUAAAGAGAAGCUGACCGACAAUCUCCACCCGACGCGAGGCCUUCAGCCACAUAUUCAUAUUCCAAAGGGUAUUUCGAAAGAGCGUAAAGCCAUGGCCAGUAUUAGUGAUGCAUUUAACAAGCUUGACAUGCAGUCAGCUGUCAAGGACCCGAGGAGAUUCAGGUAUACUUGUAAGAUUCUUCAACUGCUGAUCAACAAAAAGUUUGUCCAUUUGAGUGGCACAUCACAAAAACAGAUCAUUACAGUAUUAGAGGAGGCAGUGAAAAUAGUGCUUAAAUCUGAAACAGAUGUGCACUUUGUUCAUGGCCUCAUACUAGACUACCACACCGCCCUGAAUAACGCCAACAGGGUUUGCAUAGGGAGUUCAUCAUUACAUAAGAAACACCUUGAGUUGACUGAGCAGAUGAUGGACAGACUUGACAAGUUCCACCCAACAGAGCGGAAAGAUGACGGGCAAGCAAUGCUGCUGAAUCUUCCUGAUGAAGUCCUCCGCGAUAUUCUCCGCCGCGUGACAGACCAUGUCGAUUUGCUUCACACAGGCGCCACGCAGACAGAUCUUUACCAGUUAGUCCAGGAGGAACUUCUCUGGAAGGAGAUGUGCUUCUUUCAUUUCACGAAUAUCCAGCUGUGUUCGGGACUUGCCAAGAACGAGUGCCUGGAUGACUGCAACUGGAAAUGGAUGUACCGGAAAUUAGUCAGGCGGCAUGGAAAGAAAGAACUCUAUGCAGUGCAGGUAUACCUGUGCUCAAACUGUAAUGCCCUCUUCUGGAAGUCCCAUGGUCAUCCUUGCCCCUGUUCAGACCCCGAGAUGCCUCCACAUUCUAUCGCAGUCUCACCGGACGCCUUCAUCAAUAUAUUCUUCUACUGAUCAAAAGAUGGCGCUCAUAUGAAGAUUCGGAGGGAUCUUUGGCUUAUAAAUUCUAAUCCUGUGAUGGAUGCAUAAUGACUUGAUGCUGAAUAAAUCAUAAGAUUGUGAUAAAAGUCUAA